AAAAUGUCAAUUCACGGGACUGGUGAAGGGGCUGUUGGCGCCAUGUCCGGCCGCGAAGGUGGCAAAAAGAAGCCCCUGAAACAGCCCAAGAGGCAGGCCAAGGAGAUGGAUGAGGAGGACGAGGCUUUCAAGCAGAAACAGAAAGAGGAGCAGAAGAAACUCGAGGAGCUGAAAGCCAAGGCCGCGGGGAAGGCGCCCCUGGCCACAGGUGGAAUUAAGAAAUCUGGCAAAAAGUAAGCUGUUCCUCGUAUCUGAGGUGAUGAUGGUGACCCUCUUCCAUUCCUAUUUAAACAUCUGGAUCCCCUGCCAUAACAUCUUUGCCACCUACAGCUAGAAUGAAGUGCUAUCCUGGAGCCUGCUGAACAUCUGUAUUCCCUGCCAUAACAUCUUUGCCACCUACAGCUAGAAUGAAGU